AUGAACCUAACGGCAAAGAACACCAGCUCGGGCAGCGCUAGAGAUCCAGGCACAGACGCGAUGCCGUUGUUGUCGACGGCGCCCGGCGCUCCAAUGACAGGGCCUCCACAACCCGCUCCCUCGGCGACGACGACGGGUGUGCUCCAACUCCACCCGCUUCCACACCUUCCACCCCCAUCCCCUGCUGCUGGCAAUGGUACCGCGACUUUGUCAGUUGGUGGUACCCUCAACGGCCAAAGGUCGCUCAGGAGAUUGCAAUCGGCUCACAGCCUCGGCGCAAAGGCCUCGCCUCAGCCGUCCCUAAUUUCCCAGCAGAGGUUGCAGUUGCAACAGCAGCAGCAGCAACAACACCAGCAACCGUCGCAGCACCAACCGCUUUCCCAACCGCGUCUUCAACCGCAGCAACACCUCCAACACCAGCAUCGCCUACUCCCAGGCCCUCCUUCGCCUCCUACUAGACAUGCAAGUCUCAACUAUCGAUCGACACCACAAAGAGGUCGCGCCAACAGUGACGCCCCGCCAGUUCCGAUUCCAUUAGGCCAGCAAUACAACACCAUGGCAGCCGCAAAUAGGCGCGCCGGCCGCGGCACUAACUCGUCCACCGCGAGCGCCAUGUCCCUCGAAAAGUUGUUGCGGGAGGGCCCUCCAAACGGUGAUGUCGAGGCCGCGCUCGAAAGCACACGACUCAAGAUCCUCGAUCAAGGUGUCAAGUCCGACAGCGAUGGCAUGUCCUCCCUUCGCAUUUACGUAUGGCUGAUCUUACUCAACGCCCCAAUUAUCGAGACCGACACCUACCUUGCGCUCAUCCAUCGCGGCGCAUCUCCUGCCUACUCGAAAAUCCGUAAUGAUACUUUCCGCACCCUCACGACCGAUCCUCUCUUUCGGCGCCGUGUUAGCGAGGCCAGCUUAAUCCGAUUGCUUAAUGCCGUGGCCUGGAGAUUACAUGAUGCCCGCGGGGAACGAACCAGAGACCAUAGCAUUGCCAGUCUUUCGCGACGCUCAGCACCAUCAGAAUCAGGGAGUCGCCCGGGAACAAGUGGCCACGACAGUAUCACUGGGUCGCCCGCAUCGAAAAGUCGAGCCCGUGCUCUGACCUUGACGACUGAAGGCUCCGAGGCCAGUGGUGUCGCCUCCGAACCGGGCACAUACGUACAAGGGAUGAACGUGCUGGCCGCGCCGUUCUUGUAUGCUGCGCGUAGCGAGGCCGAAGCAUUCGUCGCCUUCCACCAGCUUCUCACACAAGAGUUACCGGGCUACAUUCGCGGCGCGAUGGACGGAGUACACAAAGGGCUGGCGCUGGUCGACAAGGUGCUGUCGAUCGUGGAUCCAAAACUCAGUCUUUACCUGAUGUCCAAGAACCUCUCUGCCGAGAUCUAUGCAUUCCCCUCCGUUCUGACGCUGUGUGCCUGUACGCCGCCUCUGCCCGAGGUUCUACGUCUGUGGGACUUUCUCUUUGCAUACGGUCCGCAUCUUAACAUUUUGUGCAUCGUUGCGCAGCUUAUCAUGAUACGCACCAAGAUCAUGGAAUCGCCCAGUCCUAACAAACUCCUCCGAUCUUUCCCUGCCCUUCAGGCCGAUUUGAUCAAGCGGACCACUUUGACUGUGAUACGCAUGAUACCCGACGAUGUCUACGCCGAAAUCGUUGCUCAUGCCAAGUGA